AUGUUCUACGCUAAAUAUCUGCCUUAUUUUGCUGGUAUACCCUAUCGUGGAAUUCAGAUGUCCGAAGAAAAUAUUGCUACGCUUAUUUCUCUUGUCGAUCAACGGAUCUAUUUUGUUUGUUUUACUUCAACAUCGAAAAAUCUCGUACGUGCCAUGAUGGGCGGAAAUGCUCCGUUCGAAAUUCAAACAAUGACUAAACAAGAACAAGAGGAAUGCCGCCAACAAACAAAUGCUGAUAUAUCUACUGUCUCGCAAUGUCCCGAAGGAGAAGAGGUCAUAUAUGCUUCACUAAUGACAUUUUAUCUGCGAAGCAUUACUUACAGUGAUGAUCCAAAUGAAAGUGCCAACUAUAUAGUCAAGAUACAUGAGCACGGGUCAAGUCUUUUUUUCCAAUUAUUUUCGGAUAAAGGGCGACUGCCUAAUCAUACGCCGUUCCAAAGUGGCACAGAUAUGUGGGAAUCAAAAUAUGAUCAACAUUACUUCGACGUGGGAGAACACCUUCGAUCACCUGUGUGA